ACUCAUGUCCCUUUGAAGCAAAGCCCGAACAUUAAGAGAAAGGUUACGAGCAAAGGGUACACAAGUAGCUCUUGUGCCCAAGGCAGCAGGACCAAACACAAACCAUAUCAGUCUUCUGAAGUAGAAAGUGACAAAGAGUUCAAAGAGACCAAAGAAACCUUGGAGCAGACUAUCUUUGAAGCAGAAGAAAUUACAGAGGAGUUCAAUGACAAUGAACAAAACUUGGAGCAGUGUGGCUCACCAUAA